AUGAAACAAAAUGAUGAAAUUAAAAAAGAAAUUAUUGUACCGAGAAUUACACAGAUAGAUGCUAAUUAUUUCGAUAAUGAAAUUAAUAAAAUAUUAUUUAAUCAAAUAUUGGAAGUGUCAAAAUUUUUAAAACCUGGAGCAUUGAAUAAUUUCAAGUCAGAAUUGAAUUUCAUUUUAAAUUUAGUCAUAUAUAAAUAUUCAAUUUUACAAAAAAACAGUACGUUUGGACAAGAUCUAGUAGGAUUAAAAUAUAACGACUCGUUUAAACGCACAAAACUUUAUCUUUAUCCUAUACUAAAAUAUUUUUUUCCUUACCUGAAGAAAAAAUAUGAAGAAAAUGGCACAAGAGUAAAUAAUAAUGUAAUGUUACUGAAAAAUAUAUUGAAAAUUAGUCAGUUUUUAAACCUAUUAGUGUUUUUAGUGCAAGGAAAAUAUCCAACGAUAAGCGAUCGAUUGUUAAAUUUAAAAUAUGUACCCACAAAAAAAUAUAAUAGAAGUGUUGGUUAUCAUUUUAUGACUAGGCAACUUGUAUGGUUUAGUAUUUUGGAAUUGCUAAAAUUAAUUUUACCAUUAGUUAAUUAUUCGAAAAUUAAAAGUAAAAUUAGCACUUUAGUUUUUUCUAAAUUUUACACAAAGAGGAUUAAAAUUCAUACCAAGUAUAAAAACAGUUCAAAAUGUGUUAUUUGUAAAGAUUAUUUAAUUUUACCAUGUACAAUAUCUGAAAAAUGUUCUCAUUUAGCUUGUUAUUAUUGUUUAAAGGUAAAUAAUUUUUAA